AUGUUUAAAACUGUGCUAGUACCGAAAUCAAUCAUGGACCCGCAAUCGGUGGAGGCUGGAGAGGCCUAUCUUAAUUCCAUGGGCUUUCGAUCGCUGAUCGAAUGGAUGACAGCGGAGGUGCUCUUGUCCCGACCGGAUGACCCGCUUAAGUUUUUUCAGGCCUUGCUUCAGGAAAAGAUAGGAGAGAGAAAGAGUGGCGAGAAUUUUCAUUGUGAACACACCCAAGCCUACUUAAGGCAAUGCUACGCUGCAGCAAGUGCCUCGGCUGAUGACAACGGUCGAAUCGUGAUCAGACCUCGAAAAUUUGCUUCGUCGUCAUCAAUUAAUAAUGUGCCAACAGUUAAACCCGGCAACGACUCGGCCUUAUUUCGUCGAUUGUCUAAGAUGGAGCAAGUCAUUAAAGCGUGCCGCAUUAUUGGCUCGGAGUUAGAUCCCACUGAAGCUACCAAGAUCAUUAUAAAGCAAGCUUGCGCUGUUUUGAAUGCGGAGCGCGCAACUCUAUUUAUUUACGAACGAGCUACAAAUAUGCUCGUUCUCAAAGUAUCCGAAGGUGCCACAGAUAUUCAAGUUCCUUUUGGGAAGGGAGUUGCUGGUACGGUGGCAGCAACCGGAAAAGCUAUGAACAUUGCAGAUGCAUACGCGGAUCCGAACUUUGAUUCACAAUACGACCAUCGCAAUGGCUACCAGACACGAUCAAUGUUAUGUGUACCGGUCCUUAACGGUGCAAAUAAUAUCGUGGGGGUCAUGCAAGUGCUAAACAAAAUUUCCGUAGAUAGGAAAGCACGAUUCUGUGAUGAAGAUGAGGAGAUUCUAACAUCUUUGGCAGCUCAUGCAGGCGUGGCACUUCACAACGCUGAUACUCAUGCUCUUGCGUGCAUCGCACGUCAAAGAGUCAAAGAAGUACUAAGCAUUGUGCAGGAUAUGCAUCGUGAUCUAGGUUUCAUCUCAUUGAUGUUCGCUAUCUCGACAGGUAUCCAAAAGUUCGUUAAUUCGGAUCGCUGUACUCUCUACAUUGUGGAUCAUGCUAAGAAUGAGCUCUGGACCUUGCAAGGUGAAUUGAAUAUUCGUGUUCCGCUAAAUCAGGGCAUUGCAGGUGCAGUCGCAAUGAACAAUGAAACCGUGAAUCUUGCCAAUGCCUAUGAUGAUCCGCGCUUUAAUAAGGAAUUUGACCAAAGGCAUGGCUACCGGACUCGAAGCGUGUUAGCUAUGCCUCUCCGCAACGCGAUGGGUGAUGUGAUUGCAGUCGUUCAGCUGAUCAACAAACUAGAUAUUAGCGGUGAGUUUUCAAAGGACGACGAAGAGCUGUUGGGAACCUUUUUGCAGAUCGCUGGUCCCAUCCUAUUCACCUCGCACUCACACCUGACGCUUUCGUUACCGCAAGCAAAAGGCGAUCAAGUGACAGAGUUCACCGGAAAAAGUACGCGCGAAACGCAAGAGUCAGUAGAGAUGAACGUUAUCUCCGAGGGUGAUGAAAACGAAGCCUGA